AUGGACACAACCUCAACGGCUCAAAAACCGAAAGGUAAAGUAGCAGUUCACAGGGUGAGAUCGUGUCCACAACCUUUCGAUUUAAUGUUCCAAAUCGCUUGCAGUAAGGAAUCAUUAGAUUCGGAGUUUACAGAAGGAAAGAAGGUUAUUGAUUUCCUACGUCGAGCUGGAAAAGUAGUCGAAUUGGACGCCAUUACUGCAUCUGGGAUGACUGCGCUUACACAGUGUGUUCUUGAUGGUAAUUUCAGGAGUGUAAAAGCUUUGAUAGAACUUGGAGCGAAUGUGAACAAGAAAGAUGGACAAGGAUGGACUCCUUUACACUACGCAGCCAGCGAAGGGUACCUUGAAAUCGUCAAGUAUUUGUUACGUUGCGAGGCUGAUGUGCGCGCGUUGGACGGCAAUAAACAAAUGCCUGUUGAUGUGGCAGAAGCCGAGGACGUGCGCAAAUUUUUGUCGAGAGUCACUUUAUUCUAUUCGCCCAUGAGUAGAAAUCUGACAAGAAAGGCUAGUUUACCAGCUUGGUUAUAGUUGUACAGUACGCUUUAGUUUCUGUUAUUUUUGGUUGAAAUAAAGAGAAAGAAAAGGAAAAGAGGACGCUGGAAAAGAAUUGCGAAUAUCAACCGUUAUAAAUUGGAUCACCUGUUUCCUGAUCAGGAUCCUUAGCGCUACUUAGCAAUAUCGCUGGAAUGACGCACUUCCGUGAAGAUGUUAUCAUUGUAACGGGAGGAAGUGUGGGAAUGAGCGGCUGCUACAAGAUGACGGAGUCUGUUUCUAGGGCACAUUAUUCGCUCGGCCUGUAAAGACAAAUAUUCAUAGAAAACUAUUGCUGCGAUGAUGAAGAGUAUAUAGUAUAGCUUGUAGCGAGUUUAUUUUCCGUAAUGAAGUAGCAAAUCGAACAGCUCGAUAAAUGUAACCAAAAUAAAGCAUUUUAAGUCUGUAAGUCGGUUUCCUGUCGUUUUCUAUCAAUAAAGCUCGCGCAAGCGCAGUUAUGAUCAUAUAUGGUUGAAAAAAUUUGGCAUGAGCACGUUAACUCAACCACCCCACCCUCCCUUUCUCAAUCCUUACAUUUGCGCAUAAGUUACAUAGCAUAACCGCUGAUUCUAAUAAGCGCACUGAACACAGAAGAAAAUUCUCAAAAAUUCAUAUUUUAUAAACACGGGUGAACGAAAGCAAAUGGUUUAAAGUGUUAUUCUGGUGACUAAUUCAACAUGGGGACUUAUUGUAAAGGGCGUCUAAGUUUGUUCCUUAUCAUCGGAAUUGUUUUAAUGUGCCGUGCAACCGUAGCGUGUGCUGCAGUUCCCGACGAACUUGAAGGUCUUGCCGGUCGCGUCUUGAUGGCUUCAUCAGAGGUCCAGGCAAAUGAUCCUAAAGAGAAGCCGAAAGGUACCGAUUCUGUAUCCUUUGUGCAGCCUGUUGAGGAAGAAGUGGUAAGAAAGUAUUUUAAGUGUGAACGCAAGUGGCUUUUUGCUGAAGAAAAUGGCCUCUUGGCUAUUUUAGAAACACUAGUGAUGCGUGUUGACAUAGUAUCUACUGUGCGAUUGAUCUAGCUUGUGGUCAACUGAACUCGUGAUUGCAAUUCGUCAUAGUUUUGAAUGUAUUAGUUUAUCAAAAAUGCUACAAAUUUCUAAUUAACUAUAAUUUAAUUCAAUAACACUUAGGGAGGGUGAUGUAAAGUUUUCCUUGUGUCACAUGAUUGACUAAUUUGGCAAUUAUUUAAAUGUAAACAUGGAAAGAAAGCCCACGUCUUUGAUACCUUCUCAAUAGCAUCACUAAAGCAGUUUCCCAUUUUCCACCUGUUGAUGUCCAUAAGAAGAAAGUUGGAAUGCAUGAUAAAAACCCUAUCAACCCUGAGUGGUGGGUAGAUUGAUUCAACAGAACAUGUGGAGGGUUAUGGCCAAUGAUAGAGAAGACUGAAGAGAAGAGAUAAAUUACCAAAGAGAUAAUUAUAACAACAACCUUUUAUUAUUUCUCUGUCAUCCAGUUUGUCUUCAUUUGCAUUGAUUUGAAAUGGGUUUAUGCAAAAAAUUAUGUCCUUUAAAAUUUUGACUCCAUUACAGCAUGUCCCAUAAAUAUUGAAGAAAUGUGACCCUGAUUACACUGAAUCAAAUAAUAGUAUCACUGCACAACUUAUUGGUAUUUCAUAGAAAGAAAGUAAAAGAAGAUACAUUUGCUCUCCUGAUUACCUGAAUGAUUAUGCUGAAACAAAAUUAUCCACCUCAGACUCAGUUAGUAUUGCUGAUUAAUUCAUUAUCAUCUAGUAACAGUGAGCUAUUUUUCUUCUCCAGAAUGGUAUUUUCCAAGGCUCCUUGGCAAAGCAAUCAUCUGCCUCUGGUGGUUCCUGGGGUGUUUCUAGUAUUGAAUUCAUUCAUGCCUUUGUGGCUGCUCUAUCUGUGAUCAUUGUUUCAGAACUUGGCGACAAGACAUUUUUCAUUGCUGCCAUUAUGUCAAUGAGACAUCCAAGGCUUGUUAUAUUCACGGGAGCUAUGCUUGCCCUUGGUUUGAUGACAGUUCUCUCAGCGGUACUGGGAUAUGCAACAACUGUCAUUCCAAGGAAAUACACACUGUACAUAUCAACAGCACUGUUUGUAUUUUUCGGUCUUAAAAUGUUAAAAGAAGGUUAUGAUAUGGACCCUAAUGAAGGACAGGAGGAGUUGGAAGAAGUACAAGCAGAACUUAAAAAGAAGGAAGCUGAGGUCUGGUCAGAAAAAAAAAUUACUUCAAUUCCAUUUUCCAUCAUCUCUUUAUACCAUUGUUUUUAGGGCUCAGCAUAUAACAUGCAUACACAUGGAGGAAGUGUGUUGCUUGACCAACCUCCACUAUGACAAAGGGCUUACACUCAGAAAGUCAGCUUGAGAAACUCUCUACAGUGACCAAUUCACAACUUAGAUGAUAAAACCAAAUCAUCUUGUAGUACAGGGUAAUUUGGCAUUAUCAACUGAGUUGAUACCAUAAAUCGGCCACUGCAAAGAGUUUCAAAGUGGACAUUUCAAGUGGUAGCCCUUCUUUGGAGCAAAUAUGGAGGAAUUUGUGUUUUUAUUUUUUCCAGUUUAGAUCUUAUUUGAGAUGGGUUUUGGAAUUUUUUGUGUCUACAAUUUUUGCUUGUUUUGUUUUGGUGUCCAAGUUUUCCUUUUUCAAUAGUUGGUUUUAAAUUAUUGUGAACUAAGACACAGGGUUUUUGGGUCUUCUUCACUUGCUUAUGAAUCUAGUCCUUAUACUUCAACAUUUCACCUUAAUAUCAUUGUGAUCGCCUUUUUUUUUCAGUUUUUAGCAAUUUCAUUUUUCAUUUUGGCCAUCUUUUCAGUUUCUGAUUUCAUUAUGUAAUGAUGCAUACAAAAAGUGAUUUUAUCCUUGUUGUUUAGAAAAAUUAUGGUCUAUUUUUGUUUAGAUGGAGAAGGAUGACUCAUCUACCAUCACUCAAGAUGUAGAAACUGGUAUAAUAAGAGGAGGAAAGAAGCCUGCAAAGUUCUUUGGUCUUUGCUCACCCAUAUUACUACAAGCAUUUACUCUAACAUUCCUUGCUGAGUGGGGUGACAGGUCACAACUGGCUACUAUACUCCUGGCAUCUAGAGAGGUAUAAAUGGAUUCACCCUUUACACUCUAACAUCAAUAUGCAUAUCCUCAAUAGUGUUCUUUAUACAUUUCAUGCUGAUAAGAGGAAUUAAUUUGACAAUCAAGAGCUUCUUGAGUUUGUGAUCAUUACCUAUAUUGUGGUCACCUUUAUAUGUAAUUCAAGGGUGAAAAUGUAAGGAGAAAUUAAAUUCUAAUAGCUCUUAGGGGUCAAAAGUUAAUUCCUUUCAUUGAGAGGACUUAUGAAUGGGAGAAAAGGAUGUAUCUUUACUUAUGUGAUCUUUUCUUAGAUGACUUAAACUGAAUUUCUGCACAAUAUCUCAUCCUCAGAAUGUAGUUGGCGUGACGAUAGGUGGAACAUUAGGACAUGCCCUGUGCACUGGCCUGGCUGUGAUUGGGGGAAGACUAAUUGCUCAAAGAAUAUCUGUCAGAACAGGUGCCUAUUUUAAACAUACCUUAUUCUCAUACUUAAGAAAAUAUGUAGCGAAGGAGGAAAUACCUCUAUCAAGUGUCACAGAUUGACAGCUCUGCUUUAGGGCUGGAGGGUGGUAAGUGGCACUAGACAGUGAGACAGCAACUUUUGUGUGAGCUCAGAUACUAAAGGAAUUCAAAGUAAAAUCAACAUUGUUGCUUAAAUUUGUGGUGAACAAAUAAAGAGUGCAAGACCUGUGGAACAAGUGAUGAUAUUUUGGAAGAACUGGGACAUCUUUCUCUCAUUGUUUACUAAGUCAUUUCUAGUUUCAAUUUUUUUCAUGGCUAGAACCAUAUUUUUUUUGCUUAGACACCACUGCUGUAGUAAAAUAAAAUUGUUCCUUUUUAUCUCUUUGUUGAAAAAAGCAAACUGUCUUGUAGUGCAAAGACCUGAAAAGCAGAUAGUUAUAUUCCAGUUAGUGUUAAAAAAAUAUUGACAUGCAAUGUUGAUUUUUUUUAUCUUCCAGUUACAAUCAUUGGUGGAGUUGUCUUUUUGAUAUUUGCAUUAACAGCAUUUUUUAUUGAAGAGUAAAUCAAGAAUAAUUUGACUAAAUAAACAGAUAUACCUACCAUAUACAAGAAUGAACAAUAGAGAAUUCAUGUACCAGUGUGUGCAGUAUACUGUGAACAUGAUCAGCUGUAAAGCUGUGACACUGUCCUUGAACCCUUUUACUCCCAAGAACUAAAUAUAGAUUCUCCAUACUGUCUGCAUACAUUUCUUUUAAAGUAUGCUUGGAGAACUUAGCAGUAUCCCACUGUGGAUAUUUUUCUUUCUUCUAAUUACUUUUCUGCUUGAAAGUGAAGGAAUGUUUUGCAGACAGAUUCUUUUGCAAUAACUCUUUGGGGGUUGAAGGGUUAAGACUGGAAGUGCAUGUCUGAGUGUAUAGAUAUGAGAGAUAUUGUAGUUAUUGUUGUUAGAUCAAGUUCAAGUGCAAUGCUUUUUGAAGCAAUGAUAAUGAUAUUAUUGGCAUGAUCAUAACCAUUACAAUUUCCUCAAAUGUGAUUGGUGCAUCAGCUGCUUCAUUUUUCAGUAAUCAUUCUGUGCAGUUGUAAUCCGAUAGUAUAAUCCAACAGUAUAAUCUGACGGUUGGUUGUAAUUAGACACCUGUAAUCGGACAGUUGGAGCAGCCAAUCAUAGGAGGUCCACUCAGCUAAAUCCACCAAUCACAGAAUUGAUCAUAAUAACCAUAGCAACAACCACUUAUCCAAAGGAAAAAAAGGCAAUUUCCAAAAUGGAGGAUAUUUGUUCUAGGUGUAUUUGUUUUUUCAGAAAUUGAAAUGGUUAUAUGAUUAAUUGGUAACAGGACUUCUUGUUGUUGAAUUCUGUCUGUAAUCAUACUCGUGAUAAACAAAUUGGACUCCUGCUUUUCGGUCGUCUGAUUUUGUUAAUCACUCGUAUGAGUACAGACCAAAUUGGACUCCACUCAGUCCUAUUACCACUAUUAAUUGUUGUUAUUAUUGUAACAUUUUUACAUUAAUUUCACUUUUAAUCCAGUUUAGGGCAGAUUUGUAAGGGAAGCUAAGGGAAUGCAUAUCUUAGCCUAUCCUGCAACUGAAUGUUUUAUUCAAAUAUGACUUCAAAACACAUGCACUGUCCAUUAUCAGAAAAUGUCUGUAUAAACUUUUGUCCUACUGUUUGGUGAAAUUCAGAGCAGAGGCAGAGUGGCUCUCUCUGCCAGAGCCAAUCUCUGUUUCUGUUGCAUCAAUCUACUGAGUAUUGUUAUUCCUAUUGGAUAAGAUGUUAGUUGAUUGUGGGCCACUACCAUUACACACUCCCCACCCACCCUUCAGCAUUUUGUUAGCUUCCCUUGACAGCUCCUUGCCUCUCAUACUAGUAGAUGGAGGGAGACAAUGUGAAAGCAUUGUGUCAUGCCCAGUACCUCCCUUUACUCAGGAAUAUCAAUGAGUACCACAUAGUCUUGAUGAAUACUGUGAUUUUUUUUUGUUUUGUUUUGAACUGGAACAAAUACUAUUUUAUCCCUCAGGGAUAUCUAUGAUUAUUUUUGUCUUGUGAAUAAGGGCAGAGUGAGAAUAAGUUUGGUUUUUUUACACCAAGCUUUAUUCCUUAACUCUGAAAAUUGUAGCCUUGACAUUCAUUAAUGAAACAAACAUUAUCAUAAUACCAUUUUACAUAAAUGUAUGAAAUCAUGUGAAUUUUUAUCAAUGGCAAUAUUAUUUAAAAGAGAGAUAAUUACUGCAUGGUCAGUCAGUCAGAACAGAUGAAAAUUGUUCUUUAA